AUGACAAACAAAACAAACAACACUGACCUGGUGUUUGUGCUUGUGUAUGCGGUGUUUGUACGGGUGUGUCUCGUGUAUGCGGUGUUUGCACGGAUGUGUCUCGUGUAUGCGGUGUUUGUACGGAUGUGUCUCGUGUAUGCGGUGUUUGUACGGAUGUGUCUCGUGCAUGCGGUGUUUGUACGGGUGUGUCUCGUGCAUGCGGUGUUUGUACGGGUGUGUCUCGUGCAUGCGGUGUUUGUACGGGUGUGUCUCGUGCAUGCGGUGUUUGUACGGGUGUGUCUGGUGUAUGCGGUGUUUGUACGGGUGUGUCUCGUGUAUGUGGUGUUUGUACGGGUGUGUCUCGUGUAUGCGGUGUUUGUACGGGUGUGUCUCGUGUAUGCGGUGUUUGUACGGGUGUGUCUCGUGUAUGCGGUGUUUGUACGGGUGUGUCUCGUGCAUGCGGUGUUUUUACGGGUGUGUCUCGUGUAUGCGGUGUUUGUACGGGUGUGUCUCGUGUAUGCGGUGUUUGUACGGGUGUGUCUCGUGUAUGCGGUGUUUGUACGGGUGUGUCUCGUGUAUGCGGUGUUUGUACGGGAGUGUCUCGUGUUCAUUGUCGUUUGGGCCAUUGCCUUGUGCCUCUAA